UUUUUAUUCUAAUUAAUUAUUUACAAAAAAAAUCAGCACUUUGAACAUGUCAUUUGAAAAGUGUGCGGAAAUUCAAGAACAUCUAAAUAAAUAUUUAGAAGAAGAAAAAAAUCUUCAAGCACAAUUACAUCAACGUAAAUUAAAACAAGAAAAAAAAGAACCUCUACGAUUCCAAAAAUCAACAAGAGCUUAUAAAAAAUUACAAUAUUCUAAUAACACAGAUGCGAUAGCUCGAAAUCAACGGUUGUUAAAGGAACUUGAAGUAAUAACUGCACGUUUAAGAACACUUACAUCAUUUACACCAACAAAUCGAGAACUCCAAGAAUCUAUAUCAAAUUAUUGGCAAUCUAUUGCUGACAAUUAAUAAUAAUUCGUCAAUUUGUCUAAUAACUCGAGCCGAACGAACAAACUAAUUAUUUACACAGUUUGUUGAUCGCUUGGAUCGAUGUAUUAGAACAAUGAAAUUCAGUUUCUUGAUACAUAUGAUGAAUUUAUAAAAAUUGAAUUAUCAUUCGUUACAUUAGCAAAACUCCUAUAAUAUAAGGAUCUAGAACGAUUGUAAAUAAUUAAAAAAAA